AUGGUCGCAAUUCAACGAUCCUUUGCGGCAUUGUCCUGCCUCCUGCCCGCCUUGAGCGUCAUUCCCACGGUAUUCGCUCAAGACAAGGUCUUUAUAGAAGGAACUGGUGAUGAUGGAGUUUUUCACGACCGCCUCGACGUCAGCCGGACCCCUUCACUGUAUACCGGCGACUUCGAUGACUGCUUGAACGAUGGUAGUCUGUUCAACGUGACCGGCUUCGACACGGCCUAUUACUCGGAUAAUCUUACAGUGUCAUUUCAUUUGUAUGGAAGUUCCAAUAUCCGCCAGGAAAAUGUUAUGAUGCAUCUUGUUAUAGAAGUCUAUGGCGAAGAACGCUUCAACAAAACUUACGACCCCUGCGCGGCCAACGUUACAAGCCUUUGCCCACUCAAGGCCGGAGAACCCAUUGAGGCAUACAUCACUACUUCGAUUUCAGCCGACGACCUUCGCGGCAUCCCGUCAAUCGCGUUGAAUAUUCCUGACCUAGAGGGAUUUUCCCGCCUACGAAUCUUUGCCAACUCAACACAGACGGAAAUCGGGUGCUUUCAGGCUACCAUGAGCAAUGGGAGGACGUUCUCGCAGCAAAAGAUCGUCGGAACGGUGUUGGGCAUUUUUACCGUGUUUGCGGUUUUUGCCUCAUUUGCAACUGCCAUCUACGGCGUUCAAAUUCCUCACAUAAGAAUGCACUACGCUCAUUCAUUUUCGGUCUUGAUCAUUUUCGAGACUUUCCAGUCCAUAUUCUUCUCAGGAGCUCUGUCCGUCAACUGGCCUGCCCUUCUCCCCGCCUGGUGGAGCAACUUCGCCUGGACUGUGGGCAUGUUUGCAAGCGAGAGCAUGAUUGAAGCCAUUAGUCCAUUCGCCGGUGUCUCUGGAAAUGCCAGCCAAGUUGGCUCUGCCGGAUCAGUUCCUAUUAACAACGGCGGUGGCCUUGCACAACAGAUCUUUGGUCGAAGCCUGACAAGUCGAGCUGUUCCUCAGCUGGUAGAAGCUUAUCAUUCACUUACCCGUCGCAAUAAUUUCGACCCGAACAACCCGUAUGACUACAGCUGGGCAGGAGAGCCUCGCAACCCUGGAAUGCCACUCCCGGGCGACUACUCGGGGUUUCCAGGUGUGUUGUCUGUCAUGGGAAUCCCCCGAAAUGACGCAUUCAUCAUCGGCCUUAUCUGGUUUCUUGUUGUCCUUGCCGGUGUCGCUCUCUUUGUUGUGUCUUGUAAACUCAUACUUGAUCUGUGUUUUAAAGCCAAGUUGAUCAAGUCAGAUGGCUUCGACUUUUUCCGCUCCCACUGGCUCGGUUAUUUGGUCGCAGGCUUGCUGCGGACGCUGUUUAUUGGGUUCUUCGUCAUGACCACUCUGGCAAUGUUCCAGUUUUCGAUCAAAGCUCCUCCGGGGCCGACUGCGAUUGCUGCCAUUGUAUUCGUCAUGUUUAUGGGGUUUGCUGGCCUCACAGCGUAUGCCUGCUCGACAAGAUUGCGUGAGGGCAAGUAUGAGGUGGUGUCCGACACCCUCCGUCUUGAACAAGGAAAGAUUCUCAAGAAAGUACCGUUUGUUGCCACAACUCUAGAGAGCUCCAUCGGCGAGGAGGAGCAGGCGCAGAAACCUCGUCUCUUCGCAAGCCUCCCGAUUCGACGUAUCAGGUUUGUUGACAAGGACCCUGAACGACCCAAGGUUCACCAAGACGAGCCGUACAUCAAGCACUUUGGAUGGCUCUCGGCACGGUAUCGACUCACUCGAUGGUGGUUCUUUGCGGUUUACUUGGCAUACCAGUUUAUUCGAGCAUGUUUUCUUGGCGGAGGUCGGGCGAGCCCCUUGGCGCAAGUUUAUGGUCUCUUCGUUUUUGAAGUUUUUGCUUUGGUGAUCAUUAUCAAACUGAAGCCCUUCGAGGGGUCACGCAACACGACGGCGGCGAUCUGGUUACUGUCGAUUUCCAAAAUCAUCACCACUGGCCUCUCCAUCGCAUUUCUGAGACCCCUGAACCUCAGCCGCGUUGCAGCGACAGCUAUUGGCAUGAUUAUUCUUGUAGUACAGUCCUUCUUGGCUGCAGCAAUUUUGGUCCUGAUAAUUCUUGGCAUGAUAUCAACCUGGAUGUCACUGUCUCGCAACCGCGAAAACCUCCCUGAGAAGGUUGACGAUCUGCGUGUGCGAUAUUUCGAACACAUGGAGAACAGGGCAGGUACAUCAAAGCCGGAGGAAAGCGAAGUGGACGAACUUGAGGAGCUGUCCAAGUCGAUAUUCAGCGUCAGCAACGUGAAACGCAACACCCAGAGCAACGCAUUCCCAACACUGGAAGGCUCAAGCUCCCAAGUUUCAUCUCAUCCAGCGCACCCACUCAAUCGACGCAACAGGGCAAACAGCGGUGGCUCCCGUUAUUCGGCCAACAGUCUGCCUCGAAGUGGGCGUGCCCAUCGUCCUUCAUGGACUGCAAAUGACUUUGCUGAGUGGGAUGCGGAUAUGAAUAGAGGAGACGUGUCUCGAGUCAGCCGCAUGCGAAGCAGCUCUUUGCGGGUGCAGUCAUCGAGGUACUCGGGUGGGCGGCCACCAAUGACACCUACACGUGAAUCUGCAGAAUUCUCUCGGACUAGUACCAAUACUAUGAGCUCGGAGGAUAAGGACGCUAUCGCGCAGGGGAAGAUUGAAGAGACCCCUGCAGCUACUGCUACACCGAAAAGGAGGAAGAGAGCAGUGAGUUGGGCAGACCAGAGCUCUAUAUGCGAAGAGCCAGCCAACGAGAUCCAGAAAGAAGACGACAAGCCGUUAGAGAAGAUCGACUCGACCGACGGCCGCAAUGAAGAGGCCAAGCCAAAGCCCGAACAAUAA